AUGCCUAGGCACGCAUUCAGUGCCAUCAAGUGUUGCUUGCAUAUGCUGGCAUGCUCCCCAUGGCCAGUAGACCACCAGCUUCGGGCCUCCCACCCACAGCAGCUGCAUCUGGUUAUACACAUGAAAAACACCCAACACCUCAUUCUGGCUGCUAGGCAUGUGAGGAGACAGAGCACUUUACAGUUCAAUAUGCCAGAGCAUUCAUCCCUUCCUGCCUGGGUGUUAUUGGCAUGUGGCAAAGCACACAUUACCUCGGACAUGCACCUGGACCUGCUACCAACACACAUGUGCUUCAGGCAUAUGGAACAACAAACUAGGUCCAAGUGUAUGUCCUGGGUAUUAGGUGCAUUGUUGCAUGCCAAUAACACCCAGGCAGGAAGGAAUGAAUGCUAUGGUGUAGUGAACUUUAAAGUGCUCUGUCCUGUGCAAAUAGAUGCAAAGGCACACGCACACAGCAGGGAGACAAGCAAACAAGUCCAAGUGUAUGUCCUGGGUAUUAGGUGCAUUGUUGCAUGCCAAUAA